AUGGAGCUGAGGUUGGCAGAGGCAGAGGCACAGGGGCAGAGGCACAGGGGCACAGGGGCAGGGGCACAGGGGCACAGGGGCAGGGGCACAGGGGCAGAGGGGCAGGGGCACAGGGGCACAGGGGCAGGGGCACAGGGGCACAGGGGCAGGGGCACAGGGGCAGAGGGGCAGGGGCAGGGGCACAGGGGCAGGGGCACAGGGGCAGAGGGGCAGGGGCAGGGGCACAGGGGCAGGGGCACAGGGGCAGGGGCACAGGGGCAGAGGGUCAGGGCACAGGGGCACAGGGGCAGGGGCACAGGGGCAGGGGCACAGGGGCAGGGGCACAGGGGCAGAGGGUCAGGGGCACAGGGGCACAGGGGCAGGGGCACAGGGGCAGGGGCACAGGGGCAGAGGCUGGCAUCACCCAUUCCAUCAUCCUCCGAGGGUAUUGAUCCUCGUCCUAAUGAUACUCAUGUCUACAAAAAAUACCCAGUCAUGACAGUCUACCAUAUAUCUUAUGAAGUGUUUUGA